UUCGUGUGUUUAGGCUUAUUUUGACCGGUGCUUUGAUUCUUUCGUAACUUUGUUUUCCUUAAAAUAUUUAUCACAUAAAAUUGGAAAUACCAAUAUGAAUAAUUUAUAUAAAUUAUUACGAAAGCCGGCCACAACACUUUUCGGUGUGGCACAGUCGAUGCCGAAACGGUUUUACGCCGCGCCGCCAAAACGUUUCUAUAAGAAAACUUCAGUACUGUAUAAUGACGGCAAAUAUGAAGUUACGCUGGAUAGUCGAAAGUUGAAGACACCAAAUGGCACAUUGUUCACAGUGAAAAGUGAGCCGCUAGCAAUAGCUGUGGCCACCGAAUUUGAUGCACAAAAGGAGCAUAUUGAACGUUCCAAAAUGCACUUGUCUGCAUUGUGCUUCACCGCACUAGACAAUCCCAAUCGGCACACAAAAACGGAUAUGGUGAAUUAUAUACUCAAUUAUAUUGCGACGGACACUGUACUCUUUCAAUACGAUGAUGAAAAAGAAUUACAUGAUUUACAACGCGCCGAAUGGGAUCCCGUAAUACAAUGGUUCAAUGAGCGCUACGGCACAAAUUUAGAAAAAACUAUGGUUAUGUCGCCACCAAAUGUGAGCGCUGACGAUAAAGCGAAAGUUUCGAAAUACUUGCUGUCGCACAGUGAAGACGUGCUAUUUGGCUUCAUCUACGCGGUGGACACCUUAAAAUCCGUUUUACUAGCAUUCGCUGCAAUCGAUCAGCGCUUAAGUGUUGAUAAGGCUGCUGCUUUGUCCCGUCUCGAAGAAGAAUAUCAGGCGAAAUUUUGGGGACGCGUUGAAUGGGCGCAUGAUCUAAGUCAACAAGAGUUACAAGCGCGCCUAGCAGCCUCUGUGCUCUUUGUGCAUCUCAAUCGUUCUGAACAUUUUGUUAAGGAAAAGUUAAUUGUUUAAAUAAUUUGUGUUGAAGUAUGAGAAAGUUGUAUGUUAGCUUAUGUAGCUGAGUGUGCCUGAAAAAGUUAUAUUAAUAAAAUAUAAACUCCGCGCAGCAAUAUCAAGAGUA